GGCCAUCAGUGGAUCCACGGAACAGACCCAAGAACCGAACCGAAACAUGCAUUUCAACCUUCAUUACCUGAUCAGCCUGCUGCUGGUGCUGCUGUGCGGUGCUUUUGUGAGCGCCUAUCCACAAGGUGGUCCCUGCGGACCACCACCCAGCGGUCCGCCGCCCUCUGGCCCGCCGCCAUCGGGACGCCCACCCGGCGGACCCGGCGGACGCUGUGGAACGCCGCCCUCGACAACAGCUUCAUCGGGCUAAGUUCAACAGGCUAAGAUGAACAGUCCCCCAGUUCCCGGCACGACACGUUCCAUGCGAAAAACUUUCUAAUGCUAAGUG